AUGGAGCUGAAGAAAUCUAUUUCGGACACCGAACGCGCGCUCAGGAGCUACGGAGCCGUGUCGGAAACGGCGUGGACGACGGACAAAGCCGGCCACUCAGAUGUGUCCAUGGCAGAGAGCACCAUGUCUCCAGAGGAGAUCGAAGUGGAGAUGGCUCGCAUCCAGCGCCUGCGGGAGGUCCUGGUGCGCCGAGAGUCAGAGCUGCGUUUUAUGAUGGAUGACAUUCAGCUCUGCAAAGACAUCAUGAGCUUGAAACAGGAGCUCAGACAGAUUGUGGCAGUACCAGAGAAAGAAAAAAACAAGAAGCACAGGCAGCGGGAAGAGGAGUUGAUCCUGAAGAUCCAUAAACUGGUGCAGAAGAGGGAUUUCCUGGUCGAUGAUGCUGAGGUGGAGAGAUUAAGGGAGCAAGAGGAGGACAAGGAGAUGGCCGAGUUCCUCAGGCUGAAGCUGAUGCCUCUGGAGCAGAAGCUCAAAGUCACACAACAUCCUCCAAAGCCCAAGAGACAAAUCCCGGAGCCGCCUUCCAACAAACCCUUCAUCACUAAGUCAGGGGCAGCCAUCAUCAAGGACUGCUGCGGAGCCACCCAGUGUGCUGUAAUGUAACCGGCACAGACUUCCACAUGUCGGAUACACAUCACACGACACGACAUGCAUCCCUUCCUGUUACGCAGAGAACCGCAGUUAGCAGCGUUUGAUCUUGAAACUGCUCAGGGAUCAGAUUUGUAGUUUGGCUGCAGGCGUUUGGGAGCUGAUCAGUAUUCAAGGUGAAACUCUGCAGGAAAGAUAUUCAUCAAGAGUGUUUAUAUACAUGAAGUAAAGAGAAAAAGGAGAGAGAUAAAGGUACGUCUGGUGUGUUUAGAAGCAGGUCGCAUCAUUCCCUCAUUCCACGAUGAUGCAUCCGAUACAAGCAGAAAUACAAGCACAAUGAACUAAAAGCUGAGGUUCUCUGCCAGACAGGACAAAAUAAGAAAAUUAGCUGUUUUCAUCCCAUCAUGUUGGACAACAGGUUUAAAUUGAUUCAUUUCAGCUCAUAAACAUCAACAUGGUUAACCUCGUACACUU